AUGCUCCGACGCCUUCCAGUCUCGCAAUCUACACCGGGGACAAGCUGUCGGGCCAUUCCCUCUUCUGCCUCGUCGGAUGCUCACAGAACAAGCGCCGUGAACCUGCGCAGCCGUGAGCCAUCGAUCGCCUCGGCCCCUCCGACAUCGACUCCUCUCGUGCCAGUGAGUGGACCAAUUGACCGCGGGGACACCUCGCCGACCUCGCCGACGACUCAGACAGCAGCAGAACAGAGUCAUGGCGGCGCGUUUCGGCGGUGGUGCGCAAACGGCACUGUGCUCUGGUCGAGCUCCGACAAGUCUGUUGCGACGGCCAUUGCCAGCAUCAACGACGACUCGUCGGCAUGGUCGGCAGCCGUGUCGGUGGCCGGCAACAUCGUGUCCAAUGCCAUCAGCCGGGCCAAGAAGAACGAGAUGGCCAUUGAUCCGCUGCGGGUUGUGGCCAAGGAGAUGAAGUAUCUGAUCGGCGACGUGCGCAAGCUCCUCGGCUCUGGCCAUCCAUCGCUGGAUCGCGCGGCCAAAUACUACACCCAGGCCGAGGGCAAGCACAUGCGGCCGCUGAUCGUGCUACUGAUGUCGCGCGCCACCUUCCAAUGCCCCAAGGCACCGCCAUCACAGGCGCAGUUGUCAGAGGCACAAGCUGACUGGCCGCUGUCGCCGUCAGCAACACCACCGCUGCAGGCAGCCGCCGGCGUCGAUGCCUCCAUCUCUCCGCUCAAUGUCCUCUCCGACUUCAACCCGGCCUGGGGCGGCAAGUCGCCCCUCGUCGACUCCACGUCCAUCACGAUCCCGUCAUCCUUCACGCCAUCAUCGCCCUCCAGUGCUGCUGCUGCUGCUGCCGAAUCAGACGCUGCUGUCGACACCAAUAUCCCCGAUAUCCUGCCAUCGCAGCGGCGGCUGGCCGAGAUCACCGAGCUGAUCCACACGGCAUCGCUGCUGCAUGACGACGUCAUCGACCACUCGGAGUCGCGGCGCGGCGCGCCCUCAGCCAACCUCGAGUUUGGCAACAAGAUGGCCGUGCUGGCCGGUGACUUUCUGCUCGGCCGCGCCUCUGUGGCACUCGCCCGCCUGCGCAACGCUGAAGUCGUCGAGCUGCUAUCGACCGUGAUCGCCAACCUGGUCGAGGGCGAGUUCAUGCAGCUCAAAAACACGGCCCGUGACGAGACUAACCCGGUCUGGAGCGAGGCCACUCUGCAGUACUACCUGCAGAAGACCUACCUCAAGACGGCAUCGCUGAUCAGCAAGAGCUGCCGUGCUGCUGCCCUUCUCGGCGGGGCUGAUGCCCAGACCGUCGAUGCUGCCUAUGCGUACGGCAAGAAUCUCGGCCUCGCCUUCCAGCUGGUCGACGACAUGCUCGAUUACACCCGCUCAGCCAAGGAUCUCGGCAAGCCGGCCGGUGCCGACCUCGAGCUCGGCCUGGCCACCGCUCCGCUGCUGUUCGCCUGGCGCGAGAACCCGGAGCUCGGUGCCCUGGUUGGCCGCAAGUUUGCCCAGCCAGGAGACGUUGCAAGAGCGCGUGAAAUCGUCCUUGCUAGCGACGGCGUCGAGCAGACCCGCGCGCUCGCUCAGGACUAUGCCGAACAGGCCAUUGCGGCCAUUAGCGCGUUCCCCGAAAGCGAUGCCAAGAACGGCCUGGUCGAGAUGGCCAUCAAGACGCUGAAGCGCCAGAAAUAG